CCCCCUGCUUCCGGCUGAGGAUUCCUAAGCGUUCCUCCAACCGUAGCGGCUUUGAGCAGGCGCCUCAGCAAUGGAACUCGAGGCAGAACGAGAGAAAAUCAGACGGGAGAUUGAAGAGCUGGAGAGGAGUUUCGGCCCAGUCAUUCCAUCAGAUAGGAUUGGAGCGGUGGACUCCAGCUUAGAAUCUGGCUCUGAAGAGGAAGAUGACCUGGAAGAGGAUGAAUCUGAUACUCAACUUGAGAUGGAGGUGGACCCAGUUGGGGAGAAAGAUGAUAGUGAGGAAGAUGAGGAGGAAGUCAACCUACCUCAAACCCCCGAAACCUGCCUCCAAAUGAACCUGGUUUAUCAGGAAGUGAUUCAGGAGAAGAUUGAGGAGAUCAACAAACUCCUUGCCCAAAAUAAAAAGCAACAGGAAAAACUCACCUGGGAGCUGGCUGGAACAAAAGGCAUGAAAUCGAGCGAUGGGAAAUCCUUGCCAGCAAAUAUGUUUUUGGGCCAUUUUAUGAAGCCAUAUUUUAAGGACAAAACAUCCGGAUUUGGCCCUCCUGCCAACGAUGACGCUCGAGAAAAGGCCAGGCAAGGCAUCAAGUCUUUCGAGGAGCUGAUCACUACCAAAUGGAAAAACCGGGAGAAGCUGCUCCUGCAUCAGGCCAUCGUGAGCGAUCGCUUACAGCAUCUGCUGCAGCCAAAACUGUUCAAGGUGGAUUAUCUGAAUGAAAAACGGGAGAAAUCCAAGGAUGAGAUGGAGAAGCAGAUCUUGGCGAAGCAGAUCCAGGAAACGGAACGUGAAAUAAAUGAAAUCAACAUGUUGCCAGAAGAAGCUUUGCUGGGAAACAGACAUGAUGAGCACGACUGGGACAAGAUCGCCAACAUCAAUUUUGAAGGAACACGCAACGCAAAAGAGCUGAGGAAAUACUGGCAAAAUUGUGAGCAUCCCAACAUCAACAAGAAGGAAUGGAGCGAGGAGGAGAUCGAGAAACUGAAGGAAAUCGCUGUCCGGCACGGCGGUCUGCAUUGGGAAGUGGUCGCCCAAGAGCUGGGG